AUGGCGUCGGUGGCACUACUCGCUCCCCUCGCCGCGGCGUACAUUGCGUGGGGGACCGUCCAGACGGCGGCCAUGAAGUGGGCGUACACCCUCGCCGCCCCCGCCGCCCCCGCCCGCUACGGCCCCUACACGUACACCUUCGCCCACCCAUUCGUGCAGGCACUCGCCAUGUUCAUCGCAGAACUUCUCUGUCUCGUCGUGUUCGUCGCUAUUCUCUUUCUGCGCUACGCCAUGCACCACCGCCAGCCGAGAGCGGGAGUGGACAUGGCGUUGCCGUGCAAUCCCACCGUGUGGAUGCUCCCAGCAGCCGCCGACUUUGGCGCCUCGGUGCUGCAGAACGUAGGCCUCACUCUCACAUACGCCUCAGUGUACCAAAUGCUGCGCGGUGCGGUGGUCGUUUUCAUCGCCGCUUUGUCGUACGUCUGGCUCCAUCGCCGCUUCUCACGACGUGAGUGCAUCGGUAUCGGGGUUGUCGUCAUUGGUCUUACACUUGUUGGUAUUAGCGCCAUUAUGCGGCCAUCCCCAACAACAAAAACAGAUUCAAAUGUAAAAGUAGGCGGGGCCAACCGCAAUCCACUUCUUGGUGCAGUUCUUAUCAUUGCAGCGCAGCUUCUACACGCAUAUCAAGGCGUCUGUGAGGAGCGGCUAGGAAAGUUGUAUCACGUACCCCCACUUCAAAUGGUCGGUACUGAGGGUGCCUACGGUGUUGGUAUGACCCUCAUGCUCCUUUCAUUCUUACAACUUUUUCCAUCUGCCCCUUUUGCUCAUAAUAUUGUUGGAACUAUCCCUGAUGAUGUUGCUAAUGCGACAGUAAAUCUUCUUGUUCCCUAUGAUGACAUUGUUCUCGCCUUUGAUCAGAUGCAGCAGAACACUGUGUGCUUAAUUUCCAUGAUUAUUUACAUAUUGGCGGGUUUAUUCUAUAAUGCUUGCCAGAUUACCAUAAUCAAAAAAUUUUCUGCGGCGACUUGUGUAAUGUUAGGAUCACUUCGGAAUGUCACAGUGUGGAUUGUAGCACUGGCGCUUCCCUCUGUAUUUGAGGAGCAUUUUGAUCUUUUACAGCUUAUUGGGUUCUGUUGUCUCGUGGCAGGGAACGUAGUAUAUCAGCAGCGUGGGUAA